UUCUUGUAUAAAUAAAAACCUCAUUCUUCUGAUUUCCUACCAUUAAACUAAAGCUCAAAUAAUUCACUACUUGUCUCUUUUGUUGAACCAGAACUCAUCUUAACAAUGGCGCAAAUUGUUAUGGCGACGCAAUCAGAAAUUCCUCAUAUUGCAAUUUUACCUUCUCCUGGUAUGGGUCAUUUAAUCCCUCUUGUCGAAUUCGCUAAGAGAAUCUUUCUCCAUCAUCAAUUUUCUGUUACUCUUAUCCUCCCUACUGAUGGCCCUAUUUCUAAUGCUCAGAAAAUUUUCCUGAACUCACUUCCUUCUUCCAUAGAUUAUCAUCUUCUUCCUCCGGUUAAUUUCGAUGAUUUACCUGAAGAUGUUAAAAUCGAAACUCGUAUUUCACUUACUGUUACUCGUUCUCUUCCUUCACUGCGUGAAAUUUUGAAACCCAUUAUUGAAUCGAAGAAAACAGUUGCGCUUGUUGUUGAUUUGUUUGGUACUGAUGCAUUUGAUGUUGCUAUUGAUUUGAAAAUUUCUCCCUAUAUUUUUUUCCCUUCUACUGCUAUGGCUUUGUCUCUGUUUCUCUACUUGCCGAAGCUUGAUGAAACGGUGUCGUGUGAGUACAGAGAGUUGCCCCACCCGAUUCAGAUUCCGGGUUGUACCCCGAUCCACGGAAAGGAUCUACUCGACCCGGUUCAAAACCGGAAAGAUGAAUCUUACAAAUGGCUUCUUCAUCAUGCGAAGAGGUAUGGAAUGGCAGAAGGGAUAAUAGCAAACAGCUUUAAGGAAUUGGAAGGAGGAGCCAUUGGAGCUCUACAGAAAGAAGAACCCGGUAAGCCAACCGUUUACCCGGUUGGCCCGCUUAUUCAGAUGGAUUCGGGUAGUAAGGUUGACGGGUCGGAGUGUCUGACGUGGCUGGAUGAACAGCCACGUGGCUCUGUGUUAUACAUAUCGUACGGUAGUGGUGGGACCCUCUCUCAUGAGCAACUUAUUGAAGUUGCAAAAGGCUUGGAAAUGAGUGAACAAAGGUUCUUGUGGGUAGUUAGAUGCCCUAAUGACAAAAUAGCUAAUGCUACUUUUUUUAAUGUCCAAGAUUCAACUAAUCCUCUUGAGUUUUUACCAAAAGGGUUCUUGGAAAAGACAAAAGGGUUUGGUUUAGUGGUGCCUAAUUGGGCCCCACAAGCCCGAAUCCUGAGCCAUGAGUCAACGGGUGGGUUCUUGACUCACUGUGGAUGGAACUCAACUUUGGAGAGUGUGGUCCAUGGGGUACCACUUAUAGCUUGGCCACUCUAUGCAGAACAAAAAAUGAACGCGGUUAUGUUAAGUGAGGAUGUAAAAGUGGCACUAAGGCCAAAAGUCAAUGAAGAAAAUGGCAUAGUGGGAAGAUUGGAAAUUGCUAAAGUUGUGAAAGGACUAAUGGAAGGUGAAGAAGGCAAAGGAGUGCGCAGUAGAAUGAGAGACCUUAAAGAUGCAGCAGCCAAAGUGCUUAGUGAAGAUGGUUCUUCUACAAAAGCAUUAGCUGAAUUGGCUACUAAAUUGAAGAAAAAAAGUGUCAAAUAAUUGAUGUAGCUAGUCAUUAUUUUGUUGCAGAGGACCUUUCUCUGGUACGAGAGGACCAGUUAUCGUGCCAUGGUAAAUGCUGCUGGGUUCAAAACUCUCCUAUGUCUCUAGUUGUUCCAUUCCGUAGUUAGUAAUAAUUGUGCUUUGCAAUUGAAAUGUUAGACAUGUUUUGGCUUAUGAUUUUGUGUACAUCUAUGAAAACUACAAUUGAAUUUGUUUUGAAUUAUAUUCUUACUACUCUAAUUAGUGUAUGUAUGAUCAUUAUUUUCUUAAA